AUGCUAGCUUCCAACAUCCAUAUCAACCCUCCAGUUCCACCGUCCUUGCCCGUAGCCGACACCGCCACCUACUCUCCAGACGAGGUCCCCUCGUGCGGAGGCCAUGGGACACUCGAGAUUCUGACCAUAAUUCGAUUUCUCGAGGAGCAUGGCAUCGAAUGCUGUAUAGUUGGCGUUUCUGCGCUGAUCUACUAUGGCGCUGGGCGUGUUCGAGAUGAAUGGGAUCUUUGCGUCCCCGACAACAAAGUCACCGAAGCUGCUGCUCUUCUUUCUUCUGAGCUUAUAUCCGACAAGAUUCACCCUGUACCUCCGCAUUCAACCUCGCAUCCUUUCUCGCUAAGCCAUACCUACCAUCGAUUCAAAGGGAGAGGCAUUCAUUUCUAUUUUGUCCUUAUGCCCGCUCACGACGCUCAUAUUCCAUCCGGUCCCUUCCAAAUACAACGCAGCCUCACUGGCCUACCUUACCCAACACUACCAAUCCUAAUGCAAAGCUACCUGGACAUGAAUGAUGAUGUAUCACUAUGUGACUGCAUCGACGGGUCCGAUGUCUCCGAAGAAUGGGGACGGAGACACCUGGACCUAGACGGAACCAACGACCUUGAAUGGACAAGCCGUAUGAAUAAAGUCGCCAAGGAGGCGGCUCGGGGGAAAGGAUGGCUCUUUGUCCAUUACUUCCCCACGCAAACUAUCAACAAACGAGAAAAAUGGGAGUCCAGGGUCCGCAGUAAGAAAGGCAGACUGGGCUGGACGACUCCAGACAAUCUCUUCGACACCCGCUUUCGCCUCAAAGGCUCGCCAGACCCAUGGACCCAGAAACGCAUGUCAUGUUAG